AUGCAGAUGAUUCUUGCGUAUUUUGGUGGAAGUAAAAUACGGGAAGCAGUAGACGGACUUAUCGAUUUUAGGACUAAUUUGUCUGAUGCUAGGGCCGUAAUAGGUGCUUCUGCUGAACAAAUGAAUGACUUGACAAUAUCAGCAGAAAAGCUUGGGAAAACGACCGUUUUUACUGCUGGUCAGGCCGCAGAAAGUAUAAAAUAUCUUGGGAUGGCUGGUCUUAAAACGGAUGAAAUUCUUAAAGUUCUUCCAGAUACGUUGAAUCUUGCAUCGGCUGGUUCUAUAGACCUCGGUAGAGCCGCAGAUAUAGCUACCAAUGUUAUGUCGGCUUUUAAUAUGGAUGCCAAAGAAUUUUCUACAGCAGUAGAUGCUAUUGCUUUUGCGGCCGCAAACAGCAAUACGAAUGUAGAACAGCUUGCACAAGGAAUGAAGUAUGCAGGCCCUUCAGCUCAUGCCGCAGGAGUUUCGUUGAAGAGCACUACCGCUAUUCUGGGCACUUUAGCAAAUGCUGGUAUUCAGGCUUCUACUGGUGACGUUGUCAAAAAAUUGAGUGAAAGGUCUAUUACUCUUGGUCAGGCUAUAGAUAUUUUUGGGGUAAGGGCGGCAAACUCCAUUAUGGCAUUAACCUCCAAUGUAGACGAUUUGGAAAGACUUAAUCUUGGACUUGAAAAUAGUGCUGGUUCAGCUAAAAAAAUGUCGGAAAUAAAAUUAGAUAAUAUUUCUGGCGAUUUGACUCUUUUGGCUUCUGGAACAUCAAAUCUGGUUAUACAGCUGUCUAAACUUACUGGGGCUGAAAAAGCUUUUAGAGAAGUGACUCAGUCUGCCACAGGAUUUAUAAAUAUAAUAGGUUCUGGUCUUGAAAAACUUCAACAAAUGCUUGGAAUGACAAGAGAAAAAAUUGUUGUUCUUAAUGAAGAAACAGGUAAGUUUGAAGAACAACUCGAGAAGAUAAAUCCGUUAGGAGAAUUUACGUCUGAAAUAUUUAAAGAAAUAAAUAAAAUACUUGGAGUAACUAUCGGCUUAAAUCUUGCAAAUUGGGCUAUAAAUUCUGCAACUGGUUUCAAUGCUCUAACUUCAGCCGUAAAUUUAUUUAAAGACGGAAUAACUUCUGCAUCUUUAAUGUCUGCGUUGGAUAAGAUAACUGCUUUUGCGAAAGGUGGAGUUCUUGCUUCUGCUGGUUCUGCGGCAGUAAGUGUUCCUAUGAUGGUUUAUGGGGCUUAUACUGCUGGAAAUCUAAUAAAAGAAGGCUGGGAUACUCAUAGUACUCUUUCUGAAACAGAGCAACUACAGAAGAGAAACAUGGAAGAAAUAUCUUCCACAUACAAUUAUGGUGCGGCAUCUAAAAGUGAAGAAUAUCUCAUUCAGAAAUUUUCUGAAAAAUUUCUUGGAAAUGUAGAUGCAUCGGCAAAUACAAGUAGCUUAAACGGAAAGCAAAUAGCAUCAAUAGUCAGAUUUUUGAAGAAUAAUGGUGGAAGUGUAUUAAGUGAUGACAGAUUUGAUGCCAAAAACGACCUUUUAAAAUCUGCUCCAGGACUAAGGGAUAUUUAUGACCAAAUAAGUGCUUCAUUAAUCUUUACAGGAAAAGACGACAAGUUUUUGGAUGAGUUAUAUAAAGAUGUGUUAAAUUACGAAUCUGAUGUCCGAAUAAGAGAUUCUGUGAUAAACAAAAAGAAAAAUAAAAAGAUAAAGGAGUACAGAAGACUUCUUGGAAUGGAUUAUGUUGCUCCGACACAGAAAAAUCCUGCAACAAAGAAAAGCGGUAAACAGCGUUUUGAAUUAUCUUCCAGUUCAGACAUAAUGUCCUGGUUAACUGCAUAUGGAAUGAAUAUUGGGGAACAGGCUAGAAAAGAUUUUGGUACCUCUGAAAUCGAUAAAUUAUCAAAGAGUAAUGAUUUGUUGAAAGAAAAAUUGAUGAUAUCCAAUACGUCAAUAAGCACUUCUGAUAGAGAUAAAAGAUUGAAGCAGAGAGAAAGAGAACUUGAAAUAGCCCAGAAGGUAAAAGAGAUUGAAGCUAUUAGCGGUGCAGAAUCAGCAUCUUUGUACGAAAAAGAAUUGAGAAGUAAAUAUGAAAUAAUAGAUGCAACGGAAAAGGCUAAUGAAAAAUUAAAGAAAACCCAGUCUUUGUAUUCUGAUAUUUCUAGUGGAAUUGCUGAAGCUGUAGUUCAAGCUCAUAAUUUCAGAGAUGCUUUUCAGAAUCUUGGUGAUGUAGGCGUUAAUGUGAUAAAAAAACUAGCUUCGCAAUGGAUUGAAAACAAAAUGGAAAAUAUGCUUUUUGGUCUGAGCAACAAAGGGAAUAAGGGUGGAAAAAGUUUCUUCUCUCCCUUAGACCUGGUUCUUGCAUCAGCCAAAGAAGCAGUAAUGCCUCUUAAGAGAACAGCCAGCGGUGACCUUGGUGUUCAGGUUGCUGGAGGUUCAGGCAGAGGCGGAAUUAUUAUUUCUCCCCAGAUAACCAUAAAUGCUGAAGGUGGUUCAAAAGAAGAAAAUGAAGAUGCCGCCAAUAGAAUUAAUGAAAAAGUUCAGCAGGCUAUGGACGAUAUGAUGACAGUACACGUUUUCAGCCCAUCGGUGAUUCCUUCCGUGGGUUCCAGCGUGAACAGUUCUGCGAGAGUGCUUGUUGCCGACUUCGGUGAUGGGUACUCUCAGCGUGCGGCUGACGGUAUAAACAAUAUAGAUACUACUGUCAGCCUCCAAUGGAACAAUCUAACUGGAACUCAGGCUAAUUCUAUAGACAAUUUCUUUAUGCAGAUGGGAGGCUAUGAAUCCUUCUAUUAUACUCUCCCUACCGAAUCUAUAGCUAAGAAAUGGACUUGCGAAAAGUGGGAUAAGAGCUAUCAGACAGGUAAACUUGUUGAACUCUUUAUGUUUGACCUUACUCCUCUUGGAGGCCCUGUAACAUAUUGGAGUAACACCGUUAAUGGGGAUAAUCCAAUAGUAUUUAACGGUAAUGUGUAUAUUCCAAGAGCAAUGGAAGCUACUGGGUUUGAAAUGACUGGUUCUGGAACGAUUCCACAGCCUACGGAUUUUCUUGGAGCAAAGGUUACAAGAAUCAAGACUUUCAGCAGAUUUCUUGAUGGUGAACCAGAUGCCGACCCAGACCAGAGAUUUCCCGAUGAAGUUUACUAUGUUGCACAGAAAGAAUCGGCAACAAAGGAUGUUGUUUCUUUUAAGCUUAUGUCUGCUCUUGAAGUUAAUGGUAUGAAACUUCCAAGGAGAAUAUGUCUGAAAGAUACAUGUCCUCUUCGAUACAGGAAGUACGAUUCAGCAAGGGGUGUUUUUGUAUACACUCCAGUUGCUGACGGUGGCUGUCCUUGGGAUGGAACUGUAUAUUUUACUGCUGAAGAUAAUUCCACUCUGAGUCCAUCACAGGACAGAUGUGGUAAAAAAUUAAAUUCAUGCAGACUGAGAUAUGGCAAGAAUGUUCUUCCGUUCCUUGGUUUUCCAGGAAUAGCAAACGCAGCUGUUACCGCAUCAAAGAAGGAAGCUCCAAAGGAAAUGUGUGGAGUGUUUACAUAUUCUUCUGGUUUUAUUCAGCUUACAAAUUCUGCUGAUAGUCCAGAGGAAGGAUUUGUUAUUAAGGAAUAUGAGAAAAUAUUUGCCAACAUGGAUGAUGUGAUAGCCGUGGUUCAUUCUCAUCCAGACAAGGACUGCGAACCUUCGUCUCUUGAUUUGAUUUCCCAGAAGGCAACCUGUAUUCCAUGGUGUAUAAUUUCUCUUAAAAAUGGUGUGAAUUGUCUGUUCUGGGAGGAUAAGGACUGA